AUGCCUGCUGCCUUCUCAGUGGCUGAGCUUGUUUUGGGCCUCUGUAUCACGCUUGCAUGUGCCGAUACAGAAGUCAGGUUUGCAGGUCAAACAAACUUUGUGGUGAACGAAACAAGUAUAUCAGUCAUACGUUUGGUUAUUGAAAGGAUCGGAGUUCCAGCCAAUGUCACUGCACUCUUACUGCUUCAGGGAGAAGAUACUGGUGAUUUUGAGGCCACAUCUGCUGCAGCCAGAUUAUUGACCACAGAAACAAAUAAAACCGUGUACAUUGCUGUCAAAGAUGAUGAUUUUCCGGAAGCAGAUGAGUCCUUUACUUUCUCUCUUAGCCUUCAGGGAACCUUUUCUGACGUUACGCUUGGAAUGCCCAGUAUUGCCAGGAUAACCAUUCUAUCAAAUGAUAAUGCCUUUGGAAUUAUUUCUUUCAACAUGUCUUCCAUAAUUAUUGUCAGUGAGGCAAGGGAGAGAAAAGAACUUGUCCCGCUUACACUAAUCAGAAAGAAAGGAACCUAUGGAACCGUAACUGUGACCUUUGAGGUUACAGCAGGUCGAGAUUCUGCUGAGGAAGAUGUCAGCCCAGCACAGGGAACAAUUAUUCUUCCUCCUGGGAGAGCAGUGAUUGAUUACAACCUUACUAUUCUAGAUGAUCAGAUUCCUGAAAAUGAAGAGGUUUUCACCGUCCAGUUGACGAGUGUUGAGGGAGGAGCUGAAAUUAACUCUACGCAAAGUAGUUUUCAACUCGUAAUCAAUAAAAAUGAUUGUCCACUCCGAUUAGCACAGGCAGUGUACACGGUGCCUGAGACUGUUGGUGUGAUUAGCAUACCAGUCAUUCGAGGGAGGGACCAAGAUGGAAAAUUAAUUGGUUCUGAUGAUGUUCUGAUCUCUGUUGAUUACCAGAUAGUUGCUGGAAACGGUUCUACCAAUGCACUGUUACACUCUGAUUUUAUUGAUCUCCAGCCAAACAGGACCAUUGUUUUCCCUCCAUAUGUUUAUGAAAUCAAUCUGAACUUUCAGAUUAUUAAUGAUUCUGACCCUGAAAUUGCCGAGUCCUUUCAGAUUGUUUUACUUGAAGCUACGGUACAAGGAGACGCAGUGUUGCUUAGCCCGAGUAAAGUUCAAGUUAUUGUUGAGCCAAAUGACAAACCCCACGGAGUUCUGUCAAUUAACAGCAGUCUGUUAGCACAGACAGUUGUGAUCGAUGAAGAUACGUCAACAAGAUUUGAUGGAAUUACGAUUGUAAGGAAUGGAGGGACACAUGGUAAUGUCUCAGUAAACUGGAUUAUUUCACGGAGUAUCGGUGACUCAUCAGCGGUCACUGAAGACCUCAAGCCGUCAUCAGGAUCUCUGCAACUUGUUGAAGGGCAAAUGCUGGCUGUUGUGCCCCUCACCAUUGUUAAUGAUGAUAUUCCCGAGGAAGCAGAGGCUUAUCUUUUCCAGCUGUUAAACAGCACAAUAACAGGAGGAGCAGAGCUGGAUGAUCCCGUGCAAAUUAUAUUUUAUAUUCAAGAUAGUGAUGAUGUUUAUGGCUUAAUUAGCUUCUAUUCUCUGGAGGGACAGAAGAUUGAAAGUAGUCCUGCUGGGCGGUUUCUGUCGUUGAGUUUUGGCAGGCACAAUGGAACUGUUGGGGCUGUACAGCUGAACUACACUGUACUGUACCUCCCUGCUGGCAUUCUGGAUCUUUCCAAAGCAAAGGACGACAUUCUAAAAGUCUCCAGUCAAAAUAGUGUCAUCUUCACAGCGGGACAGUCACUGGCGAGCCUCAAGCUGCCGAUAAGAAACGAUGCAUUCCUUCAGAAUGGAGCAAGCUUUCUUGUGCGGCUGGAGACGGUGGAACUCAUAAACAUCCUAACCCCCGUUCCUUCAUUGAGCCCCAGGCUUGCCGAUGUGCUGAUGGUCUCACUAAUGAUCACUCCUGAGUUGGCAAAUGGAGAAGUUGGGUUUAGCAGCAAUGAAACUCUCUUUGUCUAUGAGCCAGAGAACUCGUCUGACGGUCAGAUCUAUAUUGCUUUGCUACGUGAUGGAACUGACGGCUCUGCAGAGGUUUUCUGGCAUUUGGAGCCCACUGGUGUGAAUCGUGACAACAUCGGGGUUGAUGACCUCAGCCCGUUCAAUGGUUCUGUUCAAUUCUCAUCAGGCCAAAGCAACGUGACAGUCAACAUCACAGUAAAACCUGAUGAUCUGCCCGAAUUAAAUGAGACUGUGAUUAUCUCUUUAGACAGGGCUGACCCAGAAAAUCAGAUUAUGAAAUCAAAUUUCAUCAAGAGAAAAAUAGUUAUUUUACAAAAUGACGAACCAGGUGGAAUAUUUGAAUUUUCUUCACAGACGAGAGGACCAUAUUUUGUGCAUGAAGGCGUUGCCUUUGAACUCAAGAUUGUACGAUACCACGGCACACUCGUGAGACAGUUCUUGCGCUAUGUCGUAGAACCUGCACAGUCCUUUGAGUUCUAUGGGAAUACGGGAGUUGUUGAGUUCAGUCCUGGUGAAAGAGAAGUAGCAAUAACAUUGCUGGCAAGGCAGGAUAGCAUUCCAGAGCUGGAUGAACACUACUCUGCCAUACUCAGCAGCCAUGGGAUACCGCCAAGCAAGUUGGGCACUGCUACUCAAGUCAAUAUCACAGUUAUGAAGAAUGAUGAUCCUUAUGGUGUCUUACAGUUCAACACUCCAGAUUUGACUCAAAGCAUUAAGGAAAGCAAGGAUGAUGUUGUAAACAAAGCUGAUUUUACUGUAAUCCGUGACCGAGGAACAUUUGGUGACAUCAGUGUUCACUGGAGAUUGGACCCAGCAUUCACGAAUGAUGUAUACCCUAUACAAGGUGUGGUCAACUUUAGAAGCGGAGAAUCUUCAAAGACUAUCACUCUCCAGUCCCUUCCUGAUUCUAUCCCUGAGGAAAUGGAAACUUUCACAAUCAUUCUUUGGAAUGUCACUGGAAAUGCUAGGCUUGGAAGUUUACUGAACGCAACAUUGCUUAUCAAUAAAAAUGACGAUCCCAUCUAUUUUGAAGAGCCAAGUGUAAUUCGAGUCCAAGAAGGAGGUGUUGGCAAUCUCACAGUUGUUAGAAAUGGAUCUGCAGACUUCGUCACUGUCGUUGUCUACAAUGUUGAAAAUGGAGGAGCCUCCCAACAUGAGGGAGAUUUUAAUUCUCCAUCUGAGAAUAUGACACUGGUAUUUGAAGUUGGAGAAAGAGCUAAGACCAUUUCUGUGAUUAUUAAUGAAGAUGAUAUUCCUGAAAUGGAUGAAAUGUUCUACGUUGUGUUACUUAAUUCGACAGGUGAUACGGUUAUUCAUGAGUCUGAAAGGGCUACCGUCAUCAUUGAAGCAAAUGAUGAUCCGAAUGGAAUUUUCUCUUUGGAAUCUGCAGAGAAGACAGUCUUUGAGGGAACAACCAACAAUGUUAUGAUUUUGAGACAGCGAGGGAUAUUUGGAAAUGUCUCUGUUUCGUGGCAGCUAUUUGUCAAUGAUACUUUACUGCAACCUGGGCAGGAGUUUUCCAAAACAUCUGGUAUUGUGCUCUUCACUACUGGAGAACUCUGCUCUCCUAUAACAGUCCAUGCACUUCCCGAUGGAAUUCCAGAAUUUAGUGAAACUUAUGUUCUCAGGUUGAUCAAUGCUUCAGGUGGGGCUCCUGGCCCUGGUGGUCAAUUAUCAAAUCAGAGCUUAAGUACCAAUGUUGUGAUUCCACUUAACGAUGAUCCUUUUGGAGUUUUCGUCCUGGAUGCAGAAAGCCAGGACAGGGAGGUUGCGGAGGACGUGCUCUCAGAUGAGGACAUGUCAUACAUUACUAACUUCACCAUUCAGCGACUGCAAGGUGCAUUUGGAGAUGUUCGAAUCGGGUGGGAGAUACUGUCCAAUGCAUUUAGAUACAGACUGCCUGAAAUGACGGACUUUAUACUGGUUGGAACAUUUCCCAGCUCUGUUGAGCUACGUCCUCACACCAGGCGACGACACACGGGUACAGAUGCCCUGUACUUUAGUGGGGCAGAGGGUGUGUAUGGAACUGUUCACCCAGAAUAUCAGCCAUGGAUGAAGAAUACAGUUGCAAAUUUUACAUUGUCUGCUUGGGUGAUACCCGAUCUCAACACCAAUGGGUUUAUCAUAUCGAAGACAAGUGACAAUGCCACCAUUUAUUAUGCUAUGAAGUUGACGACCAAUGAAUCCUCCUUGUCAGUAACGUUUUGCUAUAGCGUGUUGAGCUCAAAUAUUACUCAUGUUGCCACGGGAACAGCGUUAAGGUACCUGGAUGAAAAUACCUGGAUGCACAUUAUAAUUGUAGUGGCUGAUGGAAUGAUUGAAUUUUAUUUGAAUGGGAUUCUACUUCCUGAUGGCGUUAAGCAUCUCAGAGGUGAAGCAAUCAUAGACGGGCCUGGUUUUCUAACGGUUGGGGCGAAUACAGAUGGGCAGAACAGGUUCACGGGGCUAAUGCAAGAUGUGAGAAUUUAUGUUCGUAAGCUGAACCGAGAUGAAAUCCAUGAAAUUCACACCACUCCGGCGAAGGCUGACCUCCACCCGAUCUCUGGGUACCUGGAAUACAGAGGAGGAGAGAAAAAGAAGUCGUUUAUCGUUGCUGCAAGAGACGAUGCUGAGGAGGAAGGGGAAGAAUCAUUCACCUUGAAACUGACAAGUGUGUAUGGUGGAGCCAGGAUUUCACAGCACAAUGCCACAGCCAGACUGCGAAUACAGAAAAGUGACAAUGCCAAUGGACUGUUUGGUUUCACUGGGACCUGCAUUCCACAGAUGGCCAGUGAGGGAUCUACAAUUUCAUGUGUUGUAGAAAGAACAAGAGGAGCCUUGGACUCUGUCUUUGUGAAUUACAAUAUCACACAGGUUGAAUUUGACAACAGUGAUGUGAGUGAUUUUGUCAACUCCACUGGUACCAUCACUUUUGCUCCCCAGCAAAACUCUGAGGUUUUGAAUGUGCACGUUCUAGACGACAAUUUACCUGAGACUGCUGAGCACUUCAGAAUUUCUCUGGUUUCCGCGAUAUCUGGAGAUGGAAAAGUCGGCUCAACUCCAACCAGCGGGGCCAGUAUUGACCAGGAGAAAGCAAGCACACAAGUCGUAAUAAAAGCCAGUGAUCACCCAUAUGGUUUGCUGCAGUUUUCUACUGGGCCACCACCUGAUACAGAUGUCAUUGUCUCUCCCGCACUUUCCGUGCCAAGCAUUACCGUGAAGGAAGAAAUCGGUUCAGUCAGACUGCUCGUAGUUCGUGCACAGGGGCUUCUGGGUAAUGUUGCUGUGGCAUACCAAACUGUUCCUCUGACAGCUACCAGUCCAUCUGAUUACCAAGAUACAUCAGGCACUCUACAGUUCAAACACGGAGAGCAGUAUAAAUACGUCACUGUAAAUAUCACAGACGAUUCUGUUCCAGAACUGCCCGGCAGCUUCAAGGUGGUACUAUUGAACUCAGAGAAAAUGGCUGAACCAUUUGGCACCAGCAGUAGUGGAGAUGGUGAAGUGGAGUUUGUCCUUCCAGAUUUCCAUGUGCACGCUAGCCUUGCAAUCGCUUCUGAAAUCAUUGUUACUAUUGAUGCCUCUGACGAUGCGUAUGGAGUGUUCCAGUUCAGUAAUGACUCUUUGCAUACAAACAGCACAGAACCUGAAGGGGGUCAUGAUAUAGUUUUACUACAGGUUAUCCGUACUGGUGGUGCACUGUCUCAGGUUAUUUUGUUUUGGGAGGUGAACUCUGACCCUGACAACAACCUGGUCAAUAUCUGUGGCAAUGUCACGUUCGAAAUGGGACAAACGCUGGCUGACAUUGAGCUACAGAUGGCUUCGGACGAUGUGCCGGAAUUGGAUGAACAGUUCAUGAUUCACAUUACUGAUGUCACCAAAGGACGACUGGGAAUUCGAGUAAAUGCCACCUUGACAGUUUUAGCUAAUGAUGAUCCUUAUGGUGUGUUCAUCUUUUCGGGAAGAAGUCAACCAAUCAGAGUUGAGGAGAAGGACCAGAACGUGACAUUGACAGUUCAGCGACUUAACGGAUUGAUGGGUAUCACCAUAGUUACCUACUCAACCGUGGAUGACACAAGAUCAACUGGUCUGCCAUAUUUCAUUGCUCUGGCAAUGGAUAAAAGUGAUUAUCUUGCUGUGUCGGGGACAAUAAUCUUUGAAGCCAAUCAAACAGAAGCUAACAUAACUCUUCCUAUUCUGGACGAUGGAGAACCUGAGAGGCCAGAGUCUGUCUUUGUCCAGUUACAGAACGUUGCACUGCUGAGAGGGGAGCAGGACAGACCAAUUGCUGAUUCUCCUCGCCUUGGAGCACAGAAUGACAUCAUAGCGCAGGUGAUAAUCGACGCCAAUGAUGAUGCAUUUGGUACCCUGCAGCUCUCCACUUCUGCUGUACGCGUUCCUGAAAAUUACAUUGGACCGAUAAUCAACGUGACAAGGACUGGAGGCAUAUAUGCAGACGUGUCUGUGAAAUUCCAAGCUUUGUCAAUGACUGCAAGAGCUGGUGAAGAUUACAGCAUAGCCUCAUCUGAUGUGAUCCUACUGGAAGGGGAAACCAGCAAAGCAGUGCCCAUUUACCUUCUCAAUGACAUGUUGCCAGAACCUGAAGAGUCGUUCCAUGUUAAACUCAUCAAUGAGACUACAGGAGGAGCUGUGCUUGGAGCGAUUACACAGGCAACUGUUACUAUUGAGGCUUCUGAUGACCCUUAUGGAUCCUUUGUUUUUGAAGGAACAGAGUUCAUUGUUGCAGAACCAGAAUCGAAAACCAGAGUGAUAAAUCUGCAAGUUGUUAGAAAUGCUGGGACACUUGGUACUGUCUCAGUCCAUUGGGUUGCCACAAUGAAUGAGCGUGAGGUUACCAGCGAUCUCCAUGAGACCUCAGGAGAGAUUAUCUUUGCUCCAGGACAAACUACUCAAACUUUACAAUUGGAAUUACUAUCAGAUGACAUCCCUGAAGUUGAAGAGGUCAUUCAGGUGAAACUUACCCAUUCUUCCUAUGGGAGCUCCGUUGGGAGAAACGAUACGGUGAAUAUUAUUGUUCCAGCGAAUGACAACCCUUAUGGUACUGUUCAUUUCACACACACAGCAUACAAAGUCCAAGAGCCACUGGAAAGUAACUCCAGAGAAAAUAUCACCGUGGCCAGAAGCGGAGGCCAUUUUGGGCAACUGAGAAUCUUUUACCGCACCUCUACGAUUCCUGUUUUGGAGCUUUUGAUAACAGAAGGGCAGGACCUGCUCUUUUACUAUGAAUCUCCAGUUCGUGGAAUCACAGAUGGACAACCUAUGUUUCAGCUGAAUGUUUCUCUGGAGGUGGAUGCUUUUCAUGCAUGUGCAGCUUUUUGUCUGAAAGAACAGGCUUGCUUGGCUUUCUCAUUCAGCAAUAUCUCUGGCCAGGCCAAUUGCUCCUGGACAAUUUCAGCAGCCGACAUUCUGUCCCCCAGUGCAGAAUUUGGAACAUAUCGCAAGAAUAGUUCGAAGGUGUCCACCCUGUUGAGAUCUCAGGCCACAGCUGGCUCUGACUAUGAGCCAAUCUCCAGACAAUGGGCGGUCAUGCAUGAAGGAGAUGAGUCUGCGAAUCUCUCAGUUUUAAUACAAACAGACACAAUACCAGAAUGCGAUGAAAAGUUUGCUGUUUUGCUUCUAAGUGUGGAACUGCUGAAUGAGAAGGUCACUCCAGAAAACCAGCCCACGACUGGACGGCCAGAUGUUGCAACGGUUAUCAUAGCCAUGAAUGGGGAUGCAUUUGGCACCUUUCUGCUCUACUCAGUGAACGUUAAUGCUACAGAGAAAGGAAGCUACCUUGAAGUAAGAGAGGAAACGGAGAUGACAGUGCAGCUUGUGGUAGACAGGAGUGGUGGAAGUCUUGGUGAGGUGACUGUGGAGUGGAGCGUGGUUGGUGGCACAGCUACAAGAAACAUAGAUUUCGUUGGUGAUGGUGAAAUAUUAACAUUUGCAGAAGGUGAGAAUAAGAGGGUUGUCACAUUAGAAAUCGUGGAUGAUGAAGAACCAGAAGACAAUGAGACCAUUGUGAUCCGCUUGACACAUACUGAAGGUGGCAGCCGUAUUCUGCCCAGCUCUGACACAGUCACUGUGGUCAUUCUAGCCAGCGAUUAUGUUGCAGGCGUCAUUAGUUUUCACGCAUCCUCACGCUCAGUCACGGGACAGGAAGGAGAAACUUUGCUACUCUGGAUUGAAAGGAAUUCCCCAGGAAGAGGAAACAUUACUGUUGACUGGCAGAUUAAUGGGCGAUAUGUCCAAGAGAACUUUGUGGAUUUUAGGGGGACCCUUUUUCUCUCUGAGGGCAUUCUAAAUGCAUCCCUUCUGGUCCACAUACUCGAGGAUGAUAUCCCUGAAGAAAAGGAGGAAUACGGAAUUAUUUUGUCAAAUGUCAGAACUCAAGGCAUUCCCACAAUGGGUGCUGCUGUUCUUGACAGUCUGGGAUACAAAGCCAUUCUUACAGUGGAAGCCAGUGAUGACCCAUAUGGAAUAGUGACAUUUUCUGAAUCAUCUCGCUCCGUUUCUGUUAAGGAAGGCAACAGCAUCAUUCAUCUCUUUAUCAGGAGGGAUUUUGGAACCCUUGGAGCAAUUAACAUCACAUUUGAGACUGUCGAAGGAUCUUUGCUCCGUCUGAACCAAACUGAUGAUGGAUCUCUGGCUGAGCCUGGUCUUGACUUUCUGCUCACAUCUGGUUUUGUUACUAUGGAGCAAGGAGAAUCCACUGCAGCUAUAAAUGUCACAAUUUUAGAGGAUGAUAUUCCUGAAUUGCAGGAGGUCUUUCUUGUGAAUCUAACAUCCGUGAAGCUCAUCUGGUCAGAUCAAAGCCUUUUCCCCCCUCGAUUGGAUGCGGCAGGACAGGUUUCUGAGAUAACUAUUAAUGCAAAUGAUGGUGUGAAGGGAAUUAUUGAAUGGCAACACAUUAAUUUGAAAGUGAAUGAAACCAUGGAAACUCUCAUCCUGGUGAUAUAUCGAGAUAGGGGCACAUAUGGGAAUGUUUCAGUGCUUUGCCAUCCUCAGAAUUUAAAAGCACAACUUGGAUUGGACUUCAAUGUGCAACCGAAGAUAAUUUAUUUUGGUGAUGGUGAAAGAUACCAAAGCGUAGAGGUUGCAGUCUAUGAUGACGAUACUCCGGAAGGGGAUGAGGACUUCCUGAUGAUUCUCACUAAUCCCUCUUUAGGAUUAGAACUCGGAGAAAGGACCACAGCCACUGUGAUCAUCUCUGCCAAUGAUGAUGGGCAUGGGAUUCUGUUGUUUAACAACACUGAGCACUUUUUCCUUAAGGAGCCAACAGCCCUAGGUGUAUCAGAGAGUGUUGCUGAACUGCACAUUAUACGAGAGCCACCAGAGGGGACAUUUGGGACCGUCUCUGUUCAGUACGCUGUCACAAGUGUGAAUGGAUCUGAUCCUUGGCUGGACUUAAUGCCUACACAAGGUCUUAUUGUAUUGGAAGAUGGUAUAAGAAAGAAGAUUCUGCAUAUUUCUGCUAUUUUGGAUGAAGAGUCGGAGAUGGAUGAAGAAUUCUUGGUUACUCUGUUCGCCCCUGCAGGAGGGGCAAGACUGGGUGACAGGACAGAGAUACACAUCACAGUCCUUCAGAAUCAGGCACCACUCGGACUUUUUAGCAUCUUCCCUCUAGGAAACAGGAAUCGCUCUCUGACCCUGGAAGAAGGCAAUAAAACCUUGUAUUUUAAUAUUUCUCGAAGUAAUGGUUUAGAGAAUAGAGUGACUGUGGACUGGGAGACACAAUCUGGGACAGCAUUUGGAAUAAAGGGUGAUAUUCUGGUGUUGUCCACAGUGCAGAAUUUCCCCGAAGUACUCGGAUCAAGGUGGUGUUUCCUGACAUUUAACAACAGUCUGUUUGGAAUUUUUCUUCGAAUAAAUGGGAGUGACUGGGAGUUAGGUGCAGUGUCGACCCUGUACCAAUGGCGGGGUGUAUUUGUCUCAGUGCAGGUAACAGAAAUCCAAAAUGCCCUGAAUUGCUUGUCUGGAAUUAUAAUUGAUAUUUAUCCUUCCAUUUCCCCCACAUUCAUGUGCCUUCCUAGAUGUCUCUUGAAAGUCCUAAGUUUUUUAAUUUUUAAUUUUUUUUUCAGAUUCAUCACAGUAACAGAAGUUAAUAAUGUCAUUUUCUUACAGAACAUCGAAGCACAGAAUCCCACAGGAUGUACGACCUUUGUUAAAAGUGAUGUAUCUUAUAUAAUCAUAACUCACAGUGGAAUAACAGGAGUGAAAGCGUCCAAUAACAGCAUUUACAGCUUUACAUUGCAAACUGAAUUAACGUUGAUUCAAUCUUUGAUUGUCCCAGAGAGCAGUGAUGUAAAACACUUCACACAGGAAAACGAAGAUUAUUUGAUCAUCAGCAGUCAAGUGGAUGCUCUUGACAGUAACUCAAAGAUCUAUCGAUGGAAUGGGAAUUCAUUUAUUUUUCAUCAAAACCUACCGACCCGUAGUGCUACUGGCCUGGCUCUGUUUAAACAAGGAAAUCUACUGUACCUGGCUGUUUCCCAGUUCAACAGAGCAUCCGCCCUCUUUCAGUGGAGUGACGAUCAGUUUGGCCAGCUCCAGAACUUAUCUGUCUCUGGAGGGACGUACGUCAGUAGCGUGACUGCUGAGGGUGACACCUACCUUGCCUUUGGCAAUCACACUUCCUGUCACGUGUACGUUUGGAGGGCAGAGCAGCCCUUUUUAAAUGUGGUCCAGACUAUUCCUGUCAAUACCGUGAGAAGCAUUGAUCUCUUUGCACCUCCUGGCACGGUUCAUCUCCUGUUGAAUGGUGGAGACAAGUCAAAUCUCUACACAUGGGACAUGAGGAGCGGCCAUUUUGUAUUGGCACUGAAGCUCCCACCAUCAGAUCACAUGGUGUCUGUCACUGCCCCUUCCCAUAAUGGAACUAGAGCCCUCAUUGCUUCAGUGGGCAAUUUUGAUUCCUGGAUCUAUGAGCUGGCUUCUGUUUCUAACGAAUCGGAUUUCAUUCCAGGAUUUGCUGAGCUCAUCUUUGAACCUGGUGACAGAGAUGCAGUGAUAGCUGUAAAUAUUCUUGAUGAUGACACGCCAGAGGAAGACGAGUUCUUUGCAGUCAGACUCGUGAAUGCGAGGGGUGGAGCUGAAAUUGGUUUUAAUGAUCACGUCAAUCUAGUGAUCCAAUCAAACGAUGACGCCUAUGGGAUAAUCGGUUUUGUGCAGAGCUCCUUGUCCAUGCAAGUUGAAGAAUUGGAAGAAGACAAUCAGAUCACUCUGAGAGUUGAACGGCUGCGGGGAACUCACAGAACUCUAAUUGUACAUUGGGUAGCCAAUGGAAAUGUGAAUGAUAUCUUCCCAAACUCUGGAGCAUUUAUUUUUUCAGAGGGUCAAUCUCUUGCAACGAUUUUACUUGUGGUGUUGGCUGACGAUAUCCCAGAGGGAGCCGAGUUUGUGACUAUAAUGCUUGUAAAUGUCACCACUGUGGAUGUGCGAGACCAAGCUAAAGGCGCAACCAUUGAUUCCAGCAAAAGGAAUGGCAUCCUGACAGUUCUCCCUAAUGACUCGCCCUAUGGUGUGAUCAGCUGGCACAGAAACUCUCACAACGUCUCCCUGCAGGAACCUGAAUCUGAUUCAACUGAUGUCACUUUAACUAUAAUUCGUGAAGAAGGAUUUAUGGGUGAUGUUAUUGUUCAGUACCGCACAAAACCAAAUCUUUUCCUUCCACUUGUCAAUCAAGCAACUGAAAAUGAAGACUAUAACAGCAGCCAUGGCACAGUCAUUUUAAAGGAAAACAGCACACAGGCUUUGAUUAGAUUUACAAUAUUUCCCGACAACAUUCCUGAAUUACAUGAAAGCUUUCUAGUUAACAUUACUGAUGUGAAACUGAUUGAUGCUACACAUGUUGGAGGAAAGCCCAGAGUGAAGCAUUUGCAAAUGGAGCUUGCGGAAGUAACGAUCAGAGAAAACGAUGACCCCAGAGGAAUCAUUCAUUUCAACACGACAAGGAAUGAUACCGAUGCAGUUGUCGCUUAUGAGAUGGCCCCUCCAGGAAACCUGCUGAAGUUGCCAGUAAUCCGUAGUGCUGGCAAAUUUGGAGAAGUAACUGUACCUUGGGAAGCUCUGCCCAGUAGUGCCAGUUUCUCAGAUUUUACACCGUCCAAUGGAACUCUCACUUUUGCUGAAGGAAUGCAUUCUGCAAUUCUAGAAAUCACCAUAGUGGAUGAUAAUCUGACUGAAUUUCUGGAGACAUUCCGUGUUGUACUAACGGAAGUGACGGGAGGUGCCACAAUAGGAGAUGACAACAUUAUUACCGUCAGCAUUCCCAACAACGACUCCCCUGUGGGGGUGUUUGGGUUUGAGGAACGUUACGUAGCGGUUGAGGAACCAUCGACAUUCGAUGAUCCGGCUGGCUUGGUGUCCUUUACUGUCCGUCGAAAGGAAGGUCACGGCUCAGUUCGAAUUGUUUGGCAGGUGGAUGAUGCUGCAGUUGAUGACCUCUCACCCCUUUCUGGAACUUUGAUAUUCAAUCAGACUGAGACGACAAAGACACUUGUUUUACACAUUUAUCCAGAUCAUCUUUCGGAGGGAGAUGAACGAUAUGUGAUUCGGCUGAUAUCUGCGUCAAACAGUGCAGAAAUAUCCCCUGUAAAUGGAAGUGCCACAGUCAUUAUUUUAGGUGAUCGUGCAUCGUCUAGUACAAUUGCCAUUGCUGAAUCAACCAGACACAUUCUAAUUGGAGAGCCAAUCGGUGAUUACAAUGGUACGACCCUCGUAAGAUUAGUGCGUGGCCCAGGGAUUUUCGGUGAUGUUACCGUUAACUGGAUUAUAGUUCCAGCAUCUCUGAAUGAAUUUGGAGAAGUGAGCGGCACUGUUUUCCUGCGUGACAGACAGUCAUCAGCCACCAUUUUGCUUCAGGUAAUGGACGAUGACAUUCCUGAAGAAAAACAGUAUUACCAACUUCAGCUAACAGGGGUCAGUGGCAACGCUGUAAUUAAUGACACGUCAAACUCUGCCAAUAUCACCAUGGCAGCCAGCGAUUUUCCUUAUGGACAAUUUUCAUUUUCCCAUGAGGAGCUCCAAGCCUCUGAGAAUAUAAAACAGGUUAAUGUUACCAUUGUCCGAUCGCAUGGCACCUCUGGCUAUGUUCACCUGUGGUAUCAAACAACUAAUGGGACUGCACUAGGUGACGUAGACUUUGCAUCCAGCUUUGGUCAGCUGUUAUUUGAACCAGGAGAACAGGUUCGACAAAUACUAGUUGAUAUUCUGGAUGACGUUAUUCCCGAAGGUCAUGAGGACUUCUUUGUGGAAAUUCAUAAAGUGGAGCUUCAGUCAGGCAGUCUGCAUGACUUCACAGUGAGAGAUAACGGCCUUCAACCAGAUCAGCCUCCCAUUUUGGGUAACAUCUCGUCCAUUCGGAUUGUGAUACAAGUAAAUGACAAUGCACAGGGCAUUAUAGAAUUUCAGCCACAAUUUCUCAGUAUUGAAGUUGAAGAAGACGUUGGGAUACUUGGAAUACCUUUGGUUAGGAAAAUGGGAACAUAUGGAUUUGUCACAGCAGACUUUGUAUCCCGUGCAAUCACAGCAUCCCCCAAUGGAGUUGACUACAUUCUUCCGAAUGGGUCAAUCGUAUUCUACCACGGACAGAAUCAGAGCUUCAUAAACGUAACCAUUAUUGAUGACGUAGAAAGUGAACUUGAUGAGCAGUUUGAGAUCCAGCUGAUUGCGGCAAAACAAGGAGCUGUGCUUGGAAGCCACCUCACCACCACAGUAACCAUCCACAAAAGUGACUCCAUUGGCGGACUCAUUCGAUUCCGAAAUCUGACCCAGCUGGUCAUCCCUAAUCCCGAUACGCCGCAGAUACUAACGCUAGUGCUGGAAAGGAUUGGAGGACAUACUGGAGAUGUGCAAAUAAAAUGGAACAUUUUAGGCCCCAACGCAGAAACGAUCUUACCAGCAUCCAACACAGACAUAGGCGAUCCUGUGAAUGGAACGUUUUAUUUUAGAGAUGGAGAGAUUGGGAACCGAAUCAUUGAACUGAGCAUCUUACCACAUGGAGAAAUUGAAAUUGAAGAGACCUUCAUCGUCCAACUUACCCUGGAUAUUGGUGAUGCCAAAAUUGACCGAAGUGCUGGGACAGUGCUGCUGACAGUACAGCAGUUUGGAAAUCCCAAUGGAAUAGUUCAAUUUGUUGAGGAUUCUUUGUAUAUGAAGACUUACUUGGAACCAUCUAAUCAAGAAGAACUGUUGAAUAUUUCAUUCUUUAUUACAAGGAUUAAAGGAACAAUGGGAGAUGUAAAGGUAAACUGGCAGCUGUGGAGUGAUGCUGAUAUGACAGGAGACUUCUUAACAGUCAGUGGUUCGGUUACUAUCCUAGGACUGCAACAAAAUGCAGAGAUAAGUGUUCAGCUCUUAGCUGACGAUGUUCCAGAAGUUGAUGAAGUUUAUGUCAUUAGACUGACUUCUGUGGAAGGAGGUGCAGACAUAAAUAAAGACAAAGACCAAACAAGAUUUAUGGUACCAGCGAACGACGACCCCUAUGGCUUGUUUGCAGUUUACCCGGAUCGGCAAGCAGUAGUUGUUGGAAAUGAUUUGAAUCGCUACUUUCAGAUAAACAUCACAAGACAUGGUGGGACCUUUGAAGAUGUGAGCAUCGAAUACGAGCUGUUGUUCCAUGGGCAAGAAUUUGUACCGGAUGGAUUAUUGGGAACUGUGGUGGUCAGAGAUGGUGCCAGCUUUGCUGUUACUAAAGUGCCAAUCCCAGGUCAGACUUUCAUUACAAAGGAUUCUGACAUUUCAGUUAAAUUGUUAAACGUGAGUCUUUUGAGUGGAAAUACUUCUAUUCCUCCCAAGCUGUUAAAUGGGACAGACUCGGCCAAUAUUUUUGUGUCGGAAGAAGCAGCCAAUUCAGAGGUUGGCUUUGAAUCUUUGGUACUUCGAGUCUCAGAUGUUUCUGCUGGCACCUGUUGGGCUGUGAUAUCACGGAAUGGUGUGUACGGGCUCGUUGUGGUAGAGUGGAGAGGUGGCCACCCUGAAGGCGUGGUCCCUGCUGGAUUCAUACCUGGCUCCGUCAAACCGGCUUUUGGUUCAGUUGUCCUUUCCCAUGGUGAAAAACGAAAGCCCGUGUUACUCACUGUACCAACCACCAACUUCACAGGCAAGGAGUCCUUCGCCAUUCAUUUGACGAAGGUACACAGUAAUCUUACUGGUAAAGCUGAACUAAGAUCAGGAUUCACUGUGGCAGAAAUUGAGCCAUUUGGAGUCUUCCAACUUGUGCCUAAUUCAGGGCGGGUCAGAAUAGAAGAAGAUGUAGGUGCAGCAACUUUUCAUGUCCAGAGACUCUUUGGUUUCCGUGGCAACCAAACAAAACUGACUUACCGUACGACAGCAGGAAGUGCCAAACCUGAUGAAGAUUAUGAGCACAUCGAAAUGGGAGAACUUGUCUUUACUUCAUAUCAGAUCGAAGCUGUGAUCAAGCUGCUUAUCAUCAAUGAUAACAUCCCAGAAGGAGAUGAAGUGUUUUACCUAAAUUUGUCCAGCAUUGAAGUUCUGGGUUAUAAGCCAAAUAAUACAGAAGAAACCCCUUACUUGAAUUGGAACUCGAGUGUGUCAUGUAUAACCAUUAUUGCCAAUGAUGCCAGUGAGGGUGUUUUAAGUAUUGGACCCACUGUGGUGUACACUACAGAGGAAACUGAUAAUGUAAUACUUUGUAUUCGAAGGACUCUGGAAUUUACUGGACCCGUCAGUGUGAAUGUUAUAACCUUCGGAGAAAAGAAACUUAUAAGUGGUCUACAUGAAAUGCCUUUUCAAACCAACCAGCAAAAUUCCAGUCUUGCCUGGGCCAAGGAGGGAGAAGAUUUUGAAGAUGAAGCAUUGAAUGUUACUCUACAGGAUGAGGAAAAGGAAGUCAAUAUAUCUAUCAGAGUUUUAGAUGAUAAUGAACCAGAGGGCCAAGAAUUUUUUUUUGUUUAUCUAACAGAUCCAGGUGGAGGUGCACAUAUUGUGGAUGGAAAGGAUGAGCACGGAUUCAUGGCUUUUAUGAAGAUUGUUAUCUUAGGAAAUGAUGUACAGAAUGGCAUUGUGGGCUUUGCAAGUGUAUCCAAUAGUAACCCAGUCUUGGAUGAAGACUCAGAAAAUCGGAAGGUUUGGCUAACAGUUGAAAGACAAAAAAACAGAUCUUUUGAGAAUGUGACAAUUUCCUGGCGCGUGACCUUUAAUGAAACAGACGUGGUACUGCAAAGAGAUGGCGUGGAUCUGGUCAAUGAGCUCACAGCCCCAACAGGAAUUAUCCUCUGUGUUUCCAGAGAGACGCUAUGUCCAAUCACCAUCGAGAUCAAACCAGACCAGAUCCCAGAACCUGCAAUGUGGUUUCUUGUGGAAAUCUAUGAAGUGGGAUCAGGAGCUUUGAUAAAUAACAGUGCUCGAUUCGUAAAUGUUACGGUUUUAGAGAGCGAUAGCCUUCACACGUUGAUCUAUUUUGCUUCAGGAUCUCAGCUUUCUGUGGUUCAUCAGGAGGCCACAUUCGUUCGCCUGCAGGUUGACAAGAGUGCUGUUUCAAGUACAGUUGUAGCUGUUAGUUACAAAACACAGGAAUUAACGAAGGCUGAGCUGGUGGGUCAGACGUUAAUAUCACCAGCAAUUGCUGCGAUGGAUUUUGUGAAAUCGGAGGGCGGUUUAACCUUUCAACCAGAACAGUUAAGAACUGCAUUGGAUAUUGUCCUUACUCCAGAGCUGGCAUCUUCCAAUUCAUUGCCCAAACGAUUCCAAGUGGUGCUCUACAAUCCGACGGCAGGAAUUCAGUUGGAUGAGGAUUUCAACGUAGCAAAUAUUACAAUAGUCACGGACACCAACUCUCAGUUCCUUUGGGGUUUAGUUGAUCAGUUGCACCAACCCCCUGAUGAUGAAUUAAUAAAUGAAGUUCUUCAAAAACUGCAAAGCAAGAUUACCGUGGAAACCACAAGAGAACAGCUCGGUGCAGUAACAGAAGUUGUCGAAAAGGUGAUCCAAGAAGGAGAAAAGAGACCUCUUGAUGACACCAGCAUUGGACUAUUGUACAAUAGUCUUUGUGCACUACUAGAUCCCACCCGCAAGGAUACCAAAGGGCUUAGUCAGCUGGUUGAAGUGACUGAGAGAUUUGCCUUCGCACUUCUCACUGGUGUAGAAUGUGGAUCGCCUGGCCAGAGAGGCAAGACAGUUCUUGACACUUGCCAGUACCUCACCAUUAAAUCGUAUCACUGGUAUCCCCAACAAAUCAAUGGGCACAAAGUUGAGUGGAAGAAUGGUGAUUCUGUGCAAAUUCCUGAGCAGCUGCUCGAAGUCUCAUCUGCACCUUCACUUAAUCCAGGACGCGAAGACUGUCAGCAUGUGCAAUUCACAGAGUACAGCAGCCAGCAGUGGUUCCAAACCAGUGCAAAGGGAACUGCACUCAACAAUAAAAUAUUUUCAGUAAGCCUAAAGGAUCGUGAUCCACAACCUCUUGCAGAUGGCAAUGAGGUAGUCUAUCGGAUUCAUAAUCCAGAUGGUGCUGUCGUUCCGCAUACAACAGAAUGCCUUCUGUGGAACCAAGCUGCUGAAAGUUGGCUAUCAAGCAACCAGUUCUGUCGAGUGGUUGAUGACUUGAGUAACUUCGUGGAGUGUGCCUGCUCGCACAUGUCCAGCUACACGGCCUCUGCCCUAACAGAGACACUUCCCGUUUACAAUGAAAUCUUCUUCUCAGCCGCAUUCAUCUGUAUUUCAGGUUUCUCUCUCUCCAUUUUGUCUCAUCUGCUCUGUUCAAGAUUUUCCAUGUUUGCAGCCAAACUCCUCAUGCACAUGAUGGUCGCCUGCCUUGGAACUCAGAUCUCGUUUCUGAUGUCUGCGUACUUUGGUCGAGAACUCACAGAGGAGAGCUGCUCUGCGCUUGGAUUGGUGAUACAUUACCUCUAUCUCUGUCAGUUCAGCUGGAUGCUCAUUCAGUCCGUCAAUUUCUGGCAGGUGCUUGUGAUGAAUGAUGAACACACGGAUCGACGAUACCUGCUCUUCUUCACCCUGAGUUGGGGUUUACCUGCCUUUGCCGUGGCCUUGCUUGUAAUUAUAUUGCGAGGGGGUUACAACUGGACCAUGCAAGAAGUUUAUGGCUCGGUACAUGGUGAUGUGUGCUUCAUUCCCAAUAUUUAUGCAGCUCUCGCCACGGCAGCACUGAUACCAUUGUUAUGCCUUGUGGGAGUCACCGUGAUUUUCAUCCACAUCUAUCAGAUUGUUCAGCAUUGGAAGUCCUAUGAUGAUGUUUACAGGGGAAGAGCUAAUGGCACAGAAGUUCCCCUGGUUCUGUACCUUUUUGCAUUGAUAUCAUUGACAUGGCUUUGGGGAGGCCUGCACAUGGCGUACAGACACUUCUGGAUAUUAAUCCUGUAUGCUAUCUUCAAUAUCCUGCAGGGUCUGUAUGUUUUUGUGGUUUAUUUUAUCCUACACAACCAGUUCUGCUGGCCAGUGAAAGCCAGCUACAGCAUGGAAAUCAAUGGUCACCCCAGUCCUAGGUCAACUUACCUCACAUCGGGCAGCGGUGCACCAUCAAUAGGAGGGGACAUCAGCAAGUCCACUCAGAACCUCAUUGCUGCAAUGGAGGAGAUACCAUCUGACUGGGAACAAGCCUCUUUAAGACCCAGCAGUCAAGCAAGCAGCAUCUUCAAGCAAAGUCCAGUGAGCGGCAACACCUAUGCCACCAAAAGAGACUACGGCACCAGCAACUUGAUGGGUGAUGAGGAGGCACAAGAGUUUGAUGAUUUGAUAUUUGCCUUAAAAACUGGUGCCGGCCUCGGUGCAAGUGACAAUGAAUCGUAUCAUGGAAGUCAAGAUGGUAGGAGCAUUUCAAAUUCCCAGAUUGUGGAGCUACGAAGAAUACCAAUAGCCGACACUCACCUUUAACACCCUCACACGCUUUUUAAUUGAAAUUUGUCCAUGUUUUUAUACUUUUUUGGAUGUUCCUCUUUUGCACUAAAAUUUUGCAUUGAAAUAUGUAGGAUCAGUGGUAUACUUUACAAUGUUUGUACAACAUUUUUGUAAUGUUCAACUGAUAUAACCUUAGCCUUCAAAAACUUGAUUACAGAGAAGUAAAUGUUAAUUAACUAAUAUGGAUGAAGAAAAUAUGUAGCAUUUAGAUAUAAACUACAAUAAAAAAAACUAGCAAUAAAUUACUUCUGUAAAAUAUCUUCCCAUAGAAGUAACAUAAUAAAAAUAAUUUUGUGGUCAUUUCUGA